AUGUACAGUGCUGGACAAAUGCAACUACCGUACCUUGAUGCUGCCACAACAAUAAAGCCUGCGCGAUACGUGUGCGGGACGUGCGGCGCCGUGCUAGGCUCAGCGUGGUCGCUCGUGCAGCACGUGCAGUCUUCGCACGGCAUCAUCAUCUACCAGGAGGCCCCCGGGGCCACCCCCCUGUCCACGCCGUCGACGCCCCCGGGCCUCCCGCGCCCGUCGCACUCGUCCCCGCUGGCGUCCGUGUCGUCCACCGCCCCCACGGCGUCGGCGCCCCACCCGCCGCCCCUGCAGCUGCUGGACCCCGCCAAGGUGGACCUGAGCAAGGUGGACAUCACCAAGGUGGACCUGUCCAAGGUCGACCUCAGCAAGAUCGUCCCGCCUGUCACUUCGGGCGCCACGCCCCUGCCGCCUCACCCGCCCGUGACGGCGCCCCUCCUCGACCCGACACAUCCGUUCAACCUGCUGCGGAUGCCCCUCGGAGACGCCCGCGCGCCCUUCCCGCCCGGACUCGCCCCGCCCUUCGUCCGGCCGGGCCACGACUUCCGCAUGGACCAGCUCCUGCAGGAGGGUCUCCGACUCAAUCCCGGUCUGUUGCCGCCGCACUUCGAACGGCCGCCCUUUCUUGACCCCGGGCUGGGUGCACCCCGCCAUACGGCGCCCACGCCCCUAACUGCUGGCGGAGACCCCAACCUUGAUUUCUACUCGCAGCGCCUUCGGCAGCUGGCGGGCACCACCAGCCCCACCAGCUCCACCUCGCCGCGGAAGCCCCUGCCGACGCCCCCUCCCCGCCCUUCUCCUCCCCAAACGCCCCCACCCCUUCCAGCCUGGCGCCCUCGCAGACUCCCACCUCCACCCGCUGCGACGCCCUCGCGCAACAGCACGAGCGGCGCUUCAAGUGCAUCACCUGCUGCAAGUGCUUCCGCUGGGAGAGCAAUAGCCAUCCACCAGCGCCUGCACACGGGCGAGAAGGACAUCCGCUGCCCUAGAUGCCCAGAGACGCUGCCGACGCCGCAGAAGCUCCGCCUGCACAUGAAGGCCCACAGGAAGAACUGCAACACCGAGAGCACAUCGCCCGACUCCUCGCGCCCUCAGACUGAGGACGACGUCGACGACGAGGAGGAGGAAGAGGAGGAGGAGGAGGAAGAGGACGAGGAGUUGGACGAAGAGGAGGACAACCCCUCCGUGUGCGACAGCAAUGACGAGGACGACGACAUCGUGGAGGAGGAGGCCGAGGACGACGAGCCGGAGGACCUGUCGACCACGUCCAAGUCCACGGGCUCGGGCCCCGCCCCGCAGAGCGUCUCCUCCAGCACCACAGACAAUAACAACAAGUCCAGAUCCGACCAACAGAAGUCCGUGGUCGGGGAGCUCAUGGACAAGUUCGGGCUGGCCAACAUCUCGGCGUACAGCGAGGCCUACCACCAGGCCCUGAAGGAGUCGGGCCGCCUCCCGCCGCCGCACAUCGGCAAGGACGGCGAGAAGAUCCACACCAACGGCAUGGAGAAGCUCAAGCUACGAGACGACCUGACCAAGGGCCUGAUGGGCUCGCAGCCCUCGCUCGACCUCGCCCACCAGACGCUGCUGGGCGCCUUCGACAACCCGUACGAGGCGCAGAAGCGGCUGGCAGCCGCGCAGAGGGACAGCAGCCUGUACGCAGGCCUGUGGCUCCCCAACCUGGCUGGCACCGGCACCACCCCCAGGGACCUGUUCCCGGGCCUCCCGCCCUCCGAGGGGAACUUCCUGCAGCGGAAAAUCCUCGACGGCUCCGUGAAGGCCGGCGAGCUGUCCCUGGCGAAGCCGGGCACGAGCUCGGCGCCCAACACGCCGAUCUCGCUGGUGCCGCCGUCGAAGAAGGAGAAGCGGAACGACACGUGCGAGUUCUGCGGCAAAGUGUUCAAAAACUGCUCCAACCUGACGGUGCACCGGCGGUCCCACACCGGCGAGAAGCCCUACAAAUGCGACCUGUGCAGCUACGCCUGCGCGCAGAGCUCCAAGCUGACGCGGCACAUGAAGACGCACGGCCGCAUCGGCAAGGACGUGUACCGCUGCCGCUUCUGCGACAUGCCCUUCAGCGUGGCCUCCACGCUGGAGAAGCACAUGCGCAAGUGCGUCGUCAACCAGAACAAGAAGGGGCUGUUCCCGCCGCUGUCCGGCUCGCACGACGGCCUCGACUCGUACAAGGGCCUGCACUUCACGCCCGUCAUCAGCGACGACUCGUCCAAGUCGGGCGGCCUCUUCUCGCCGCACUUCACGGCCGCCGCCGCCGCCAACACCUCCAACGACGACACCGGCGACUCCUCCAACCUGUCGGGCCCCGGGUCUUGAGAUUGGGCCCCGUGGUAGCGCCCCUUUGCCGCCGCCAGGGCCCCAGGGGCUCACCCCCCCGGCUCUGGGCUUCUCCAGAGCGGCUACUCACCCGUGGGUGGCUUCGGGCCGCCCACCGCCGCCACUCCUACUUCGGGGAGUGUCUGGCCCUCUGGCCCGACGGCGCCGCCUGGCCCUCGCCCGUGGUGGCACGCGCCCUCUGACGCCCUCGCGAGCCCCGCCCCGCCACGUGACCACCGGGGGGGGCGGCAGGGCGGGUGGUGUAGCCCGCACAUUCCCACACCUCGCGUCACCUGACUUCCCAGUGAGCGGCGCCCCUCCCGCCCACGCGGACCUGGGCGCCUCAACAAGCUAGUCCUCUGUGUUGUGCAACGGUAACAGCAGCAGCAGCAGCAGCAGCCAGGAGGGCAGCACGCGGACACUCAGCCUAUUGUUCCUAUUGAUGUUAUGUGUUGUGUAUUGUAUGUUGUCCUACCUUACCUGGUCACAACGGCGGUUCGUGGCGGCGCCGCGGCCGAGCGCCACGGGCCCAGUUCGCCGCGAGAGGGCCGCACAGCCGGGCCGCACAGCCGGGCCGCAACUCCCGGACACAGGGAGAGGAAAGGAAGCCGCAGACACCGAGACACGCCUCAAGACCAUCCAGAAUGCAGAUGUUCUUUCCGAUUCGUAUUUUUUACUCUUCGAUCAUUAUUAUUUCCCUUCGCUAAUUUAUUAUUAUUAUCAUUGUCAUUGUUGAUCUAUUCUUAGCUCAAACUCUAUAGAAUGAUUCAUUACUUUCUCUUCGGGAAUAGAUUUCUUGCGAUUUCUUUAUUUUUCACACUUUUCGAAAAAGAAGAAAAAAAAGUGAAAGAUCUUAUUAUCACCUCUUUUUCUUA